AUGCCUACACACUAUACAGGCCAGCCUCAGGCUGAGAGGUGCUUCCUUUGUGGCCUUCCUCUCGACGAAGAUCCCAACCGCACACAAGAUUACCAUCCAGGCUGUCACAGAGUUUUAUCAGGAGCUGUAGUUUAUGACUUGUUCCAUGUGAACCGUCUCGAGUUUUAUCCCCAGCGGGCACGCUUAGAAGAAAGGAAGGUACUCCAGUGGGCAAGCUCAAAUCUUACCGAAGCACUGUCACUUCACUUUGCUCGAUCGUCAUCAAGUACACAACUCCAGCUUAGCAGAACAUCUGUAGUUCUACGAUCCAUUGCCAAGACCUUGCUUCUUGAUUAUAUGACCAUGACAACGGAAGCCCAGCUCACCAGUCCACGAGAAUUCACUUUUCUACUCACCAAGCCCAUUUUUGCCCAGAUUGCCGAUUUUCAAGGAACAAAAUACGUCACGGCGCUUUCAAACAACGAGCAUGAGAUCCCAGACAAUGCGAUUCAGUUGUUCCAGCCGCUCGAAGGACAAACGGCUAAUGUCGUUUACGUGGCUGUGAACCAUCUUGGAGUCGUUCAGCUAGUAGUCACCAACUCGACUACUUGGCUCGAAGUUGGUGAAGUUCCUGACGUAUGGUGGUUCGCCAUAGAUAUCCCAUGUGGGGAGUGUUUGCUACUGGCGCAUCACGACGGGGUCAAGAUCCGCAAGCUGUCCGCUCCAGAAUGGUGCGUGACAUGCAUGGAAGCCCAACUCCAAGAACAGAGUGAUCACAGGACUGCCUUUCCGGUGCCCAUUCAUCCCCGAGAACUACGGUGGUUUCAGCCGGCAAGCAGGCCUGGCCGAAUGGCCCCGGUGACAGUCAACCAGCCAGGCAUGGCCGGGAUCACGACCUUCUGGGCCAUAAUCUUAGCUCGAGUACAUAUACAUGUACCCGGAGGUCACGGCGGCCCAGAAGGUCGUGAUCUUGACGCAGCAAAUCUCUUUGCUCCGUUUGAGGAUGAAGAGAAAGUGACGGAGAUUUGGGUAGGCAUCACCCAGGGUGUCAUCGGUGGUCUUGGAUUUCGUACAAGCAAAGGUCGAGAAAUCUACCACGCUCAUGCCACUCGUCUUCACGAGACCACCUGGAUCCUGGCUGACCUUCCCCGAGGAUCAGUCAGGACAAUGUACUACGGGAGUGAUGCCCCAGUAGGAGUUGGUGCCAUUGCUUUCCGAAGUCCCUCCCCCUUGGGGCCCUUGAGUCAAUUUGACCCAUUCGCCACGAUACCUCCUGUUCCUGACUUCAGGUACUGCGUUGAGGAUUUCUUCGGUGGCUCUGUCGACCUGGCGGGCGUUGUUGAGGUGUCUUUCUGUCGAUUGGAGCACAAGCCAGAGAUUAUCUCUGGCAUGUUGUUCCGCUUCGCAGGAGGUCGCCGAGAAGCACUGGGGGAAGUGCGCCUUAGCGGGCUGCAGGAACCUAUGCUUCUCGGGGGUGAGGGUCGAGAGCUCAUGUACCUCGAGUUCGGGUACGAUCCCACUGGGGUUGUACCUGAACACCCAAACCUCCUCGACGCGCAAUUCAACAGCUUCGAAGAGGCUCCAGAGGACUCCAACCCAGCCAACCAUCCUGAUAUCGUUGGCCACAGGUUCUUGGAGGUGUCGUGGGAGGGGACUCUGGAGUGGUGGUGGUCACCAUUUCAAUGUCUUCUGGUUUAUGAGGGGAGGGCCAGCCUCGAACCCCGAGAUGCCACAGUGUGGCUCGAGUUCGGCGGGUAG